AUGCCCUCCGCUUUUGGAUUCGACGAAUUGAAGAAAGGCUAUUUCCCCCACUUUUUCAAUACGGAACAGAACCAGAAUUACGUAGGACCUUAUCCACCGGCAGCUUUCUACAAACCGGACGAAAUGUCUACCAGUGGACGAAAAGCUUUUUUUGAAUGGUACGACCAACAGAGGGGAAAAGUGUUUGAUUUCCAGAAAGAGUUUGUAGGGUAUUGUGUCUCGGACGUCGACAUUUUACGCCGAUGCUGUGCACAGUUUAGAGCCACCCUCAAGAGUUUGGUCAAUGUGGACCCUUUCCAGGAAUCCAUCACUUUUGCCAGUGCUGCUAAUUUAGCCUACCGUCGACAAUUCAUGCCUGAAGAGACCAUAGCCAUCAUUCCGAACCUCGGGUAUCAACCGGCACGACAAUAUUCGGCUAAAGCCUGUCGGUGGCUCACCUGGAUGAGUCAACAGACUGGAUGUCACAUACGACACGCCAGAAACGGAGGCGAAGUCCAGAUCGGAAAUUAUACCGUCGACGGAUACCAGGAAGCGACUCGCACCGUCUACGAAUUUUACGGGUGCUAUUGGCACGGAUGCCCCACCUGCUAUCCCAGUUUACAGACCGAAACUCAUCCUCAUCGGACCCAAUUUACUUACCAGCAAUUACACGAAGAAACCCUCAGAAGGACUGGCGAUUUAGAAGACAUGGGGUAUACCGUCCGUGGUAUCUGGGAGCACGAUUUCGAUCAGCAAGUGCAAAAAGAUGAGAGUUUACAGCAAUUUGUAGGAAACCUGGACAUUCCGGAUCCUUUGAAACCUCGAGAAGCCCUGUACGGAGGUCGGACCAAUGCUACCCGAUUAUAUUGUGAGGAAGGGGACAUGAGAUACGUGGACGUCUGUUCCCUAUACCCUUACGUGUUGAAACACAGACCAUUUCCCGUAGGGCAUCCCGAGAUCAUCACAGACGAGUUCCAGGACGUGAGAAAUUAUUUCGGUCUCAUUCACUGUCGGGUCUUACCUCCCCGAGACCUCUAUCACCCCGUAUUACCUUAUCGGACGGGAGGCAAGUUAUUAUUUCCCUUAUGUCGCACGUGUGCCGAACGACAGGACUCUACGUCUCAAGAUCGAUGUCCACACACCGACCAGGAACGUAGUCUCACGGGUACUUGGGUGACGACCGAAUUACAUAAAGCCCUAGACAUGGGAUAUACCUUAGAUCGAAUCUACGAAGUAUGGCAUUUUAAAGAAAGCAGUCAGGAUUUAUUCAGAUCUUACAUCGAUACCUUCCUCAAGAUCAAACAGGAAGCCUCCGGAUUUCCCCCCGACUGUAAGACCUCAGAACAAGAACAAGAUUACAUAUAUCAAGUCUUCGACAAAACAGGCAUCCGAAUGGACAUUCUCAGUAUCGAGAAGAAUCCAGUGAGAAGAACCAUUGCUAAACUCUUUUUAAAUUGUCUGUGGGGAAAAUUUGCUCAACGGUUGUUAUUACCCAAAACCAGAUACUUGGACGAAGAAGAGGAAUUACAGCAACUCUUACAAGAUUCGACUCUCGACAUCAAGGGCGUGCAACUCUUAGUCAAUAAAGAGAACCCCAAUGAAGACAAGAUGCUAGUGAAUUAUCAAGACAAACAGGAAUUCGUCGAAGAAUGUCCCUUUGGAAACGUGGUCCUGGCUUGUUUUACUACCGCGCAUGCCCGCUUACACCUCUACGAGACUUUACAACCUUUAGGAGAUCGGGUCCUUUAUUUCGAUACGGACAGUAUCAUUUACCAACAUCGGGAAGGAGCCUUUAAUCCUACCUUGGGUCAUAGUUUAGGAGAAUGGACCGACGAAUUAGACGGGGAUCACAUCACCAAAUUCAUGUCGGCAGGUCCUAAAAAUUAUGGUUUUCGGACGGACAAAGGAACCGAGACCCUUAAAUGCAAAGGAAUCACUCUCAACCAUCUUACCUCCCAGAUCGUGUGCCCAGAGACUUUAGAAAAAAUGCUCAAAGGAGAAAUAGAGGAAGUCACAGUCCCUUAUCCCGACAAAAUCCAGAGGACUCGUGAUCAUGAGCUCGUGAACAAACCAUUAGAGAAAAAGUAUAGAAUUGUAUAUGAUAAGAGACAAUUGUUACCUUCUUAUAACACUUUACCUUAUGGUUAUUGA